GCUCCUUCGGCAAAUCCAUCUUUUAUUUUCUUUCCUGAAGAAGAGCCCUAAAUGUCCAGUUAAGGAUCCAACUAUGAGCUUACAUGGCAUCAAACGAAUGCUAAACAUUAACCCGGCCAGUGCGCUUGCCUACUUUACCAACGUGAACUCGGACAGGCGCUUAGGCUUUCGUGUAUAUGAUGAUAUGUUGGAAGAAAAGUACAAGUAUCGAAGGCCUGAAUUUCUCCAACUGAACGAAGAAUCUGAACAAGCGGCAUCCGAUCAUGAUUCAAGAGCGAUUCUUAUGCCACACAGGGAACUUCCCUUGAAUGCAGGAUAUGCCGAGUAAGUGAUCUAAUCGUAAUUCAACGGCCGUAUCCGUUGUUAGUUACCUAGUUUACUUAAUAUUGUAUUCCUUCUAUACUUAGCGAAGGCUCUAUAUCCAUUAACUUCCUGCUCUCACUAUAACCUCGUAGGGAGCUUCUUUGUUCUCCUUUUUUUUCCUCUUGCGUUGGAGGUAAAAACCCUCGAUUUAUAUCAAUAAAAAUUAACCUUUACUCAUUGACUGGAUUCUGUCGCGAGUCGAUCUUAGUUUCUUAUGUCCACAAGCGGUGCGAGGUUAAUUAUGAAUGAGUAAGACUUGUUUUAGUGCCCUGUUCGACUCAAUUCUUAAUAUUUCGCAACUCGGCAAACCUCCUUUAACAGGACUGUGUCUUAUCGCCAUGAUUUGAAGGUAGCUAGGUAUCGAUUUUAUUCCAGAUAGUUACUUUCUUUAUUUUUCUAAUCUGUUUUUGGAUUUAAGGGUAUAAUGGCGAUAUUUGCCCUGAUAAAGCAAUUCAGUGAUCUCAAUGGGACACCUUUUUUUUCGUUAUUUGUGGUGCUGGAGCGAGGAUUUUUAAAUUUUGGUGCGUCAGCAUAUGUAUAUAUACUUCCUGUUGACUUGAAAAUGAAAUUAUGACACAGAAUAGCUUGUUGUUUAAAUUUAUUAGCUAAAAAUUUAGAGUUAAAGAUAAUAAAUAUACAACGAGUUUAAAGUUUUAGAUAAUAACUACACGAUGUUCAAAAACCUCUUGUGUUUGAGAGAAUGAAAUAAUAAUUAAGCAAUUUGUCUGCUCAAUUCUGCAGUCCGUGUUAGCUGUUGAUUCUGUUGUGGACUUGAAUGCCAUUUCUGGAAGGUGUUGCUUGCUUCUUCAUCCUUUAAGAAUGCUGUCUGUUAUGUAUCUUAAUGAAUUGAAAUAAAACCAAAUAGGGAUUAAAAGUGAAGAUACAGAGACAAACAUAAUUAUACUUGUCUGAAAAAAAAACUACAAUUGUAAAUAGGACCGUGGUUUGCAUAACAUAGUUUUAAAGCUGAUGUUUUGAGCAUCAGCCCUUAGUCAGAGCAAAAGACGAUUUUGCUUUUAUACUUUCCCACAGAUGCAGUACUACAGUUUCUUUAGAACUUAUUCCCUUCAUUCAUUUAUGUGGUUUGCAUAGUUUGCAGUGUAAUUAUUUCUUUUAAAAAAUUUCACAAAGAUAAAAAAAUUAUGAAUUGCAAAAUAUUUUUCACUUCCACGUAUGACCAAUAAUUAUUUUUGUCCUACUAUAUCUGUAAUGAGAUCUUGGGAGUGAGAGGAUUUUUCAUAAAUGUUACCAAAUUUUCAUAUCAAGCCACAUUAACAAAUUAAUUUUAAUGAAUAAAUACAUAAAAAUAUUCUUUAGGGCAAUAAAUGCUGGUAAAACGCCACAUAAAAAUGAAGAUCAAUCGGUGGCUGGAAUGUUCUGCUUAAAUGUCAGCAAGUUGACCCAGGAAUCAGAUGGUGAUGGAAGUCCAACCCAUGUUACACAGGUAUGCAUGUCUGUAUGGUCCAACCUUAAAUUUCAUCAUUUCCAGUUAUAUUCAUUAAACUAUAUCAUUCCAAGAAUGAGUUUUUAAUUCAAUGGUGUCUUUAAAAAAUCUCAUUAGUACAUGUACAUGCAUGUAACUUGACAUCUGGUUGGAACUGAUAACUUGAAAUUUAACUUAUGCAUUUGGAUUUUGUUAAGUGGAUAAAAGUUGUUUAAUAAGUACCAGAAAUGAUAAUGUUUUCAAUUUUCAGACCAAGAUCCCUUACGCAUAUUAUGGUGUAUUUGACGGCCAUGCUGGAUGUGGAUCAGCUCUGAUGGCUGUCAAUAACCUUCAUGUCCAUAUAAUGGAGAAGUUGCAUGGAGUAAAAGAAUUGUUGGCUUUUGAAAAUGAUGAAAAACUUGCUGCAGCAGAGGAAUUAUCUGAAGCUGUUAUCUCUUCAGUGACAAUUGAUAGUCUUGUGAUUGGAGUCUUAGAAGAGGCCUUCUUUGAAAUGGUGAGUUCAGAGGCAUCUGGUGACAUUUACAUAUCCUGUGAACAAGUUCUCUUAUGCGGUAGGACUAAAAGAAAUGGUGAGCUCAAAUGAAUUUUUAAGGGGCAAACUGAGUGUGAAACACUAUUUGCAGCUUGCCUCUAUUGCACCUGCUGUUUCUUUUUGUCUAAACCGAAGAUGAAGCCAUCAUGUGAUUAAGAGAAAAGUUGUUUAACCUGGGAAGAGUCAAUCCUUUACUUUGAAGAUCAACAACAAACCUGGGUGCUACUAGUCUGUCUCAGUUACUGGGUUUGUGGAGACAAGCAGUAAAGUGGCACAGCUGUUAUGGCAAAAAUCAAGGGAAGGGGGUACUAGAAAUAUAAAUAACCCUCCUGCAGUUUUUUGCUCACCCAUAAUCCAUUCCUCAAUAAAGAUAAACACUUAGAAUUUAUUUUUAUGAAUUAAUGAAUUUUAACAGGAUGAACAAAUCAGAAGAGAGAAAGUCACCUACAGGAUUGACGGAGGCUGUGCAUCAAUUGUUGCCCUGUUUCUUGGAGAGAAGUUAUAUGUUGCUAAUGCAGGGGACUGCAGGUAGUCUCUUUAAUCUUAAGCCAUGGGCAGAUAUUCAUGGUUUGAACAAAUCUGUUAAGGUCACUGUCAUUGACUGACAUGUACUUGUGUUAUGACCAGUUACAGUGGAGAUCAGGACAUGUGAGCCUAUUCCAGGCUUCAAUUAUUAUGAUGGAGCAAAAUUGCAAACAGGGUGAUAGGAGCAGAGGAGUGAAAAAACAAAAGAGGUUUGGGUUGGAUCAGGUAAAAGAAUCCAAAGCAAACCUCCCUUGUUUUUUUGCUCCUUUGCUACUUUAGUGCUGUUUACUAUUGUGCUUCAUUUUACUAACCCUUUACUCCUGAGAUCUCAUUAGUAAUUCUCCUUACUGUCUGCCAAAUGAUUCUCAUAAUGUUAGUUUGGAGAAUUUAGUAUUAGAUCGAUUAGUUAUCCCAUAAUUGAUAUUUUUCUUAAUUCUCAUCACUUGUCAACAGAUAUUGCAUAGAUAUAGUAAGGAGAAAUUCUGUCUUGGUCACUCAUGGGAGUCAAAGGGCCAACUGAACACCUGGAAUAGGUUAAGGGCAUUAAAGGCUAUUUUCACAUAAUACCAAAUAAAUUUUCUUCCUCUUAAAAAUUUCAUGCCAUGGGUGUUUCAUUCACACAGAAUCUCCCUUACCAUACAAUACUUCAGACACCUAGCCAUUCAAAUAUUUGAAAUCUAAAAUUGCAAACAAAGUAGUCCAAUUUUGACGUGUGCAGAGUAACCAACUGGAUUACCCAAAUUUUAAAGAAGCAGAGGUUUGGUUGCAUGGAUGUAUAGCUAAGUGAGAGGAUGCCAUUUUGAUUUUGUAAAGUGACGCUUAGCACAUGCGCCUGAAGGAUACUUCUUUUUGAACAAUGCAAAAAAUCUUGUGUCACUCUGUGCUCUAUAAUUGGUUCUUGCGAUCACAGCAGAGGUAAGGAUACAUUGGCAAAUCAAAAACAGAAAAGUAUUACUUGCUAUUGUUCAGGUUUGUGUAACUUUCCUGAACUCUCCUAACCCCCUUCAAUGUUUAGAUAAGGCCAUGAAAAAAAAGGAAAAAAGGGCUCUUACUACAUUGGUGUAUUUGCUUUAACCCUUUACACCCUAACAUCAGUAUGCAUAUUCUCGAUACUGUUAUCUACACAUUUUAUAAGGUCCUGACAAGGAGAAUUUGUUUCAUAAUCAAGAGCUUAUUCAGUUGGUGAUCAUUUUAUUUAUUCUCCUGACCUUAAUGGUUAAUUCAGGAGUGAUAUUGUCAGGAGAAAUUAUAUGCUAGUCACUCUCAGGGGUGAAAGGGUCAAUAUAUUUUAAUUUUAUUUUGUUUGUUUUGUUUCUGUUUUAAUGAUUUCAUCAGAGCAAUCCUAGUCCACAAGGGCAAAGUUAUUCCUCUUUCAUACGACUUCACACCAGAGACAGAGAGACAAAGACUUCAGUUACUUGUAAGUUGUGAAAAAUUAGUGAACCAAAAAAUAUGUUACACUUGUUUGUUACCUAACAAAUUAGUAACAUUCAUGAAACAUUUCUGUGUGAUUUUGCUUAUGAAUACUUUUAUUCUCUGAUAGGCUUAUCAGAAACCUCAGCUUUUGGGGAGUGACUUUGGCCGGCUUGAAUUUCAACAGAGGGCCAGGAAAAAACAUAUUGGUCAGAAGUUGCUUUAUAGGGAUCGACAUAUGACAGGAUGGUAUGUUUUUCUUCUUUUUUUUUUUUUCAUUUUUUUGUUUCUGCAAAUUUUGUGUUGCUGCCAAAUCAUGCAGUAUAUCAUCUGAAGGUUACAAUUAAUGUGCAAAAAAGUGCUGCCCUAUGUAACAAAUCUUUGCCAUUUACCUUCUUCAUCCAUUGUCUCCACUGCAGUUGACAGUUUGCUUCCACAGAUCUGUCAUAUUUUCUAGAGGCUGUACCCCCAUGUUUUGUUUGGUUCAUUGAAAAGUUCUUAAAUAAUUGUUUAUUGUGCGUGGGGGAAGGGGGUGCCAUGGGGGGAGGUGUGGGGGGGCUGUGGGGGGGGCCAGGCCAGGGCUAACGGGGGGAGAUGGGGGGUGAAUAAGACAAUGAGGAAUGAGAACUGGAAAGGUUGGCGGAUAAUUAGACGGAUUGCAAAUGAAGAACUUGGAAUAUAUUACGCUUGUUAGAAGAUGAACAGAUUAGGAGAUGGUUCCGUUGGUGUGCCCCACAUAACUAGGGUUGACCUGAUGGCCGCCUGAGUUCAAUUCCCCAAUGGGGCACCGAAGGAAGAACUCAGUGGCAGGAUUUUAAUUCUUAGGACUCAGGACUCAGUUGUUCGAUUAGCGCUAACCCGGGGUUGAGUUUUAAUAUAGGUUUCUAAAUUUUACACUAUCCCUGGGUUAUCUUAACCCAGCUUUGAACAAUCCGGCUUUACAGAACGUUAUGGGUAGUUCACUAAGAAUCUGACCAGGGAGUAGUUAGAGAGACUUAAUAACCUCUUACAAGUUGUGACUCUGAUACUCUGACACUUCUGCAUUUCAACAGGGCUCUUAAGACGGUGACCGAGGAAGACACAAGAAAAUUUCCAAUGAUUAACGGUGAAGGAAAGAAGGUAUUGUCAAGACUCAUUCUAUUUAUUUUGUAUUUUCUUUUCUGUUUCUAUUCUAUCAGAACGUACUAUAUAUUAUGUACGCUCGUCACUUUGAUUAUACAGUUAGAAGGAGGUCAAUUGGAGGUCAUCUUGCUAAUAUUGUAUUCCGUCCUUUGAUUGAAACAGCCAUAUGCACAUGUACCCAUCACAACAUCGUAAUGCUUUCAUCCUAUCUUUUGCUUGCGGUAAAAUGCACUCUGAGUGGUGAUAAGACCUUUUUAGCCUUUAACAAUUUCUAAUCAUGCUCAAGCGAAGGAACUAUGUCUCUUGAGAUGUGUCUAAGGAGGAAGCGCUUGAGAAAAGUGUGCGCGAGUUUCAAAGGACGCGCGAGUUUCAAAGGACGCGCGAGUUUCAAAGGACGCGCGAGUUUCAAAGGACGCGCGUGCGAAAAAACAAAAACAAAACGCGCGUUCUUGAAUCACGAGCAAGGCUUGAGACCAUUCUACUUCCAUUUCCUUUAAUAAUUGCGCUCUGUUCUUACUUCAGAGCCUGCCACGCACGAUAUGUAACAAGUGAUUCUCCAAAUUAAUUUUCAUGUGUAGUUCAAAAACUUUAACGGAUCAGGUUCUUCAUGGUGGAAGAACUAGCGUGUGUGCAGGCCCUCAUUUUUAGUGCUGCAGGACGCGUGUUUCUCUGCCCACGGAAAGAGACGAUCUGGCGAUCUGGGGAGAGGUUUAUCGUGCUAGAACUCAUGCUGACCUCUCUUAAGCUCGCGUUGCUCAAGGACUUUUAUUUUUGCGCGAACGAGGAAACGCUCGUGCCGAAGUACUACUGAUCAGGACCUGCUUGCAAGUUACGGAAGAACCCGCCAAUUUACGGACUAGUCGUAUUGUUAAGAAGCAGUAUGAUUUGUUUGUUUACCAGGCCCGCCUUUUGGACACCAUAGGAACAACUCGUGGGUUUGGAGAUCAUGAUUUGAGAGUGGCUUUCUGUAGCCUUCCUAUUAAACCUUUUCUCACUCCACAACCAGAGGUAAGCGUUUUGCGGCUACUGAUACACCUUAACUGAUGCGGGAGUCAUCAAAUAGGAGCUGUAGUAACAGACAUGGGAGUUAUUAUGGUAACAGCGUGAUGGAACGAAGUUUGCAAAAUAAACUCUAAUUCGUUCCUGUACCGCAAUCCUCUUGGUCAGCGAAGAUGUAAGCGGAAACAUCAUAACUGGCUGUCAAAAUCAACGAAUAACCGGCGCUGGCCAAAAGGGUUGGGGCUCGGGAGGCGUGAUCGAAGAUAAGCACUAUGGUUAGACAUUUUGGUGUGAAGGAUCGAAAUUACUAGCGAACCCUCUAUUGCUUGGAUGUGUGGUUGUUAGAUAAGGAGAUGGCGGUAUUUGAUAAAUUCGACGGUCAUCGAAAAAUCUCAUUUAUGCCGCAUUCUGGCUUAAUCGUGGAAAGGAAAACCCCUUUACCGCUACAUGUGCCUGUUUUCGUACUCCUCACAGGUUCGGAAGUUUGACUUGUCUAGCUGUAAGCUCACAGAGGAUGAUGUUGUGAUAAUGGCUUCCGACGGACUCUGGGAGAGAUUAUCCAGUGAAAAGGUAAUGAAACUUGUACUUUAUUUUUUUUAUUAAAGAAAAAGUUGACUCGUUGCGCAAAUUCAAAUGAUUGUGCUUUCAAAAGCGGGUCAUUAAGCCUGUCAUUUAUGUUCCUCUUAUCUAUCAGUUAUGUGCAAAAAGCUCGCUGUCGAAAUUACUGUGUAUAUUUAUUCUGUUUAUUUAUUCUACCGAAUCCUCUCAUAUCGAUUUUUAUUCAUAUCACUUUUACUUCCCUGUAGUCCACUGGUACAUUCCAUCAUUUACCUCCUCUUCGACGCUGCACAGUCUCCACUCAAUUCUUGACCUCACUACUAACUCCUCCCCCAUUUUAUUUCCCACGCUAGUCCAUACUUCACUUUAAGCUUCCCCAUUUCUUUCCAAGGUUAUUCCUCACUUUAAGUUCCUCCACACUCUCUAUCCCGUGCACCCUCUAUUUCGUUCCUCUUUACUUCUCACCCCAGUCUCGAGUGCACUCUCUACCCUACUUCUCAUUUCACAUCCCACCUAAUGGCUCAGUACCCCUUUUGGCUUCUCCCUAUAGUUCACUCCUCGCACGCAACCCCUUUGCUUUCAAUUCCUCUCCAACCCAAAUGGCUCAAUGUAUACUCACCCUCCACUUUCCGCUCUGUUCAUCACCACAAUCAAACUUAAACCAUUCCCCCCGUCACCUCACAACAGUACCCAUUCAUUUCACACCACACGCAAACUUGUGGGGGGAACUUUUCACCACGUAUUCGGCAUGAAGCCCAAAACCUUUUAUAACACUUUACUUUUUUUCAGGCUGCGGCGUUGGUAAUGGAUACGUUUUCCAAAAUUCCAAAAGACGACAAAAGAAGGUAAAGUAUGCAUUAAUACUUUAACAUAGCUAAGCAGCCCUUUCUUCCAUUUCAAGAUAGUAAAUUUUGUCGACCUUUGCACCUUGACAUUAAUAUGCAUAUUCUGCACACUGUUCUCUAUACUAUUCCUAAGGUGCUGAGAAGGAGAAUCUGUUUAAAAAUCAAGAGCUUCUUCAGUUGUUGAUCAUUUCCUUUAAUCUCGUGACUUAAAUGUGUGUUUCGGGGGGGGGAUAUUAUUAGGAGAAAUUGGAUGCUUGUCACUCUUAGGGGUUAAAGUUAAGAAUUGUGCCUUUUGUCGAUAGCGCAGAUUUGUUCCAAGUUUCUUUUAUUCUGAUGAUUAGCCGAUAAUGGCCCUGCUUUCGGAAAACGACUUGCGUCUCGGAAAUGAAACCCACGGACAAAAAUGCGGUAAUUUGCUAUCGCCAAAUGGAGGCCAUUCUUUCUUUGACGUCCACUUUUUUUCUCCAGGUACGUCAUGGCAGCCCAGGCCCUUGUUGGGGAUGCGCGAGGCACUCUGAAUGAAAAAGGUUGGAGAAGAACCAAUGGCGAGUUAGCCUCGUACGAUGAUAUAUCGACGUUUGUGAUUCCCCUUAGUGAGUGCAGCAACGAAAUGGCUAAAUUCACAGUAGAGUACGAUACACCGACUGGGAAACCAACGCACUCCAUUGACAAUGAAGACGAUUAAAGCACUUUCCAGACUGUUUAAUAGAAACUAGAACGAUUUUUCCGCAUGGAUGAUUUCACCUUGUCGGUGAAAAGUUAAGGCGGAUUGAGUAAUAACACCAAUUAUAUUGGUCACUUAACCGAGGUGGACUGAUGACAACGUGGUUCACUCUGCCCGUGUGUGAGCGCGGUAUAAGUUAGUAAAACUUGCCUGUUUACGAUUAAAUCAUCAGGGGCGCUAUUGAAGUAAUAGGUAGUGCAAAUAAUUAAUUAGGUAGCAUAAUGUUUAACACAUUUAAGUAAGAUAUACGCAAAAUACCGUCGUAUCCAUGGGGAAUUAGUACCAUUUUUUGAAAAAAUAUUACAGGAACAUUUAUUUUUCGUUAGUAAUGUCUGGAAGAGCGAAUUUAGCAGUUAACUGGUAAAUGUUCCCAGGUUAGAUAUUGUUUUUGGGGUUUUAACCACCAGGACGUAUCGAUAAAUUAUUAGUUGUGCCACUUAAGCCUCAUUUAUUUCAGUUUAGGUACCCGGGACAACCCAUCCUUAAGUAAAAGAUUUUUAACGACAGUUACUAUUGAAAUGGACCCUUCUUGAAAAUGUCCGCAGAAAAUGAAAAUCAUCAAAUACAUACAAACGUAUACAAAUAUACUUACCUUCAGCUACAUGACCACCUUUUAUUUGGUCAUUUUGCUUUUGAAGUCUCAUCCAGCUGUUAUUUCGGCUGGCGAAAUAUUGUUAAUUUUAAGAGAAUGAAGGACAUUUUGAUUGGCUCGGAGUUCAUGCCUCACCCAGGGUCAUAUACAAGCGUAUGCAAGUAUAAAAUAUUUCAGAUCCUCAUUUCUAUGAAGAUAUGAGUAGUGUUAGUGCGAGGUUUGGACAUUACACUUUGGAGCUGUGGGGAAUAUUCACCAUUAUGAUACAUUUAAGAUUCAAUUUCGGCUGAACGCCAUUUUCGAGAAGGGUUUAUUGAACGGCUGCCCCGUUCUUCAUCGGGAAGACCGGGUUACAAAAUCAAUCUUUGAGUUCGUUUGUACUGGCUGACUGUUGGAGGUAAUCAGGGUUAACCACGUUCUAAAUCGAGACCAGCGGACACCUGAAUCGCCUUUCGGAGUACCCCCAAUUCCAGCCCCCUAGCUCUUAAUCAGGGGAGACAUAUGCAACGCGGACUGUGCGGUCAGGCGGAAAAUCGCGGGAUGUCGGUGGAAGCGUCGCCCUCCCGCUAUUUCCCUUUUAUCCACCUACAGUGACCGCCGAACAGGUUACCCAGUCUCUUUUUUGUUAUGUUUCUCAUUAUUGAUGUGGAAUAAGGUGGCUCGUGGAGGGUACUUUGUAAAGGGGGAUUGUCUUGGCUGCUGGAGGGCAGACAAGUGGGACCUCAGAAGCCUACGGUCACGAAUGACAACAUUUUACUCGCGCAUUUAAAUUUACUUUGACCAACUGUGUUUGUGGUCAAUGUAUCGAGGAUAAUCAAAAUUGUCAGGUAGUUAGGUUGUUAUAAAGAUAAUGGGAUCACUAUCGAUUUACAGCUAGUUUAAGGUAAUAACGUUGGGGUAAUUUCAAAAGAUUCAGUUUACAAAGAAUAUUUCGGAGGUCUUCCACACCUGACCUGAAUUCCUUUUGCAAGUGGGUGUUCUUCUGUAAUUUUGUAUAGGAUUUGCGGCCUAGUAUAAAUGAGGCGUCUUUAGAAAAAUUCAGGUUGGGAAAUUGGGGUUUGUAUUAUCCUUUCGGAAUCCUUUAACAACAUUUACACUGAAAUCAAUCAUUCAACAGUUUCUACCCGCACGUGUCUAAGUUCAAAUUUAAAACAUUAUGUGAUACCACGAUUGUACACAACUCGUGUUUAGGACUCUUGAUAGAGUCAUUAUCAGUGAGCUUUACGCCAACGCGUACUUAAUUUAAAAUUGUCGCGUACGCGUUAAUUAUUUGAUUCUUCUGCAACGAAAUAAACGAACACAAGUAAGUUGUUUCCUUUUUUCCGUAAUCUUUCUGGACCGUCGUUCUACAUUGAGCAAGGGCUUAGGAACUGCAGUUACGGAGGUGAAAAGUGGAAACGUCAACAGCUUU